GCAUAUGUUAGUGAUUGUUUGUGUUUUGAAGUUAGCAUUAUUUGUUGCUGUCUGCUGAACUUCAUUGAACUUCAUUGCUGUUGUUGGUUGUGUGCAGUCCUUAACUUCAUUUAGAACAUAUAAAUGUGUCAAUUGCUCUAAAUCAAUCUAAUAAGGGUAACUCUUUCAGUUGAUAAUAGCAUUCUCCCCUCCUGAAGUCUCCUCAACAAUGCCCAAUGCAAUAACAUCUCAAAACUCCAUUGACAAUCAACAUUCAACGGAUGAUCAUAUUGUUACAAAUACUGACAUUGAAGGUGGAAGUGGAGAUGGUGAAACAGGUGGAAGUGCAGAUGGUGAAACAGGUGGGAGUGGAGAUGGUGAUACAGGAGGAGCAGAAGAUGAUUUGCACUUUCAGCUGAAGAAGAGACAAAAGACUUCGAAAGUUUGGUUGGAGUUCAAUGUAAUUGAUGCUGUCAAUAAAGCCGAGUGCAAGCAUUGCAAAUCUAGACUAUCGAUUUUGAAGAGCAAGAGUACUACCCACCUCUCAAGACACCUGGCUUGUUGUUUGAAGCGAAAGCUAAAUCAGAAGCAACAACAGAAGAUUUCAUUGGAGCCUAUCAAUGAAAAUAGUGUUUCCAUGGCUUCCAUUGCUCUCACAGAUGGCAAAUUUGACAUGAGAAAAAUGAGGGAGGCAAUUGCUCAUUGGAUACUCAUGCACGAGCAUCCAUUUACAAUUGUUGAAGAAGAAGGAUUUAAUAUGAUGCAGAAACGUGCAGCAUUGGAUUGGGAAAAGGUAUCACGCAAUACAAUCAAGAAAGAUUGUACUCAAGUGUAUGAUAUUGAGAGGAAGAAGUUGAUGGCACAACUAAAGAACAUCAACAAGAUUAGUGUGACUACCGAUUUGUGGAGAUCAACGAAUCAGAAGAUCGAAUACAUGAGUUCUUAG